AUGGCUGACUUGGUAAAGCAGAUCUUGGCCAGGCCAAUCCAAUUGGCCGACCACGUCAUCAAAUCUGCAGACGAAGCCAGCUCCUUCAAGCAGGAGUGCGGCGAGCUGAAGUCCAAGACGGAGAAGCUCGCGGCCUUGCUCCGUCAAGCCGCUAGGGCGAGCUCCGACCUCUACGAGCGGCCCACCCGCCGCAUAAUCGACGACACGGAGCAAGUCCUCGAGAAGGCCCUCGCUCUAGUCCUCAAAUGCCGAGCCAACGGAAUCAUGAAGCGGGUCUUCACCAUUAUCCCCGCCGCCGCCUUCCGCAAGAUGUCCGCUCAGCUUGAGAACUCCAUCGGCGACGUCUCCUGGCUCCUCCGGGUUUCCGCCUCCGCCGACGACCGAGACGACGAGUACCUUGGACUCCCGCCGAUCGCCGCCAACGAGCCCAUCCUCUGCCUUAUAUGGGAGCAGAUUGCCACCCUCUACACUGGGUCUCCCGACGAUAGAUCUGACGCCGCCGCUUCCCUCGUCUCCCUAGCUCGGGACAAUGAUCGGUACGGUAAGUUGAUUAUCGAGGAAGGUGGGGUUCAGCCGCUGCUGAAAUUGGUCAAAGACGGGAAAUUGGAAGGUCAGGAGAACGCCGCAAGAGCAAUUGGGCUUCUUGGUCGGGACCCUGAAAGCGUCGAACACAUGGUUCACGCCGGGGUUUGCUCGGUCUUCGCCAAAAUCCUCAAAGAAGCUCCCAUGAAGGUUCAGGCAGUGGUGGCUUGGGCUAUUUCGGAGCUGGCUGCUCAUUAUCCCAAAUGCCAGGAUCUCUUCGCUCAGCACAAUAUAAUCCGUCUGUUGGUUGGCCAUCUCGCAUUUGAGACAGUUCAAGAGCACAGUAAGUAUGCUAUUGUUAGCCAGAAAGCUACUUCGAUCCACGCCUUGGUGCUCGCUAGCAACGCCAAUUCAAACGCUGUCGCUAGUAGCAACAGUAAUGGCAGUGUGAACUCUGCUGCACUGAAUGUUGAAGAAGAUAAAAGCAGGAUUAAUCACCCUUUAGGGAACAGAACGCGGAGCCAGUUCCAUAGUGUAAUUGCAAACACAAUGGCCAUGAAUGCAGUCGCCAAGCUCCCCAAUGGGAAUGCUGCAGUGGCCAACGGGAAUGGAAACAGUACUACCCCUCCUGCUGCUGUUGCUGUUGCUGCUGCCGUGAAGCCGGCUACUCACCAUCAACAUACCAACUCACUCUCUGCUGUCAAUCUUAAAGGGAGGGAAGGUGAAGACGCAGCUACAAAGGCCCACAUGAAAGCAAUGGCAGCAAGAUCACUUUGGCAGCUUGCUAAGGGGAAUUCACCCAUUUGCCGAAGCAUAACGGAGUCGAGAGCUCUCUUGUGUUUUGCAGUUCUGUUAGAGAAAGGAACUGGGGAGGUUCAGUACAAUUCAGCCAUGGCAGUGAUGGAGCUCACUGCAGUAGCUGAAGAGGAUUCGGAUUUGAGAAGAUCAGCAUUCAAGCCCAAUGCUCCUGCUUGCAAAGCUGUUGUGGAUCAAAUUCUGAGGAUCAUUGAGCAAGGGGAUACCGAGCUGCUAAUUCCUUGUGUCAAAGCUAUUGGCAAUUUAGCAAGAACGUUUAGAGCUACAGAGACCAGGAUGAUCACCCCAUUAGUUAAGCUUCUAGAUGAGAGGGAAGCUGAAGUUUCAAGGGAGGCAUCGGUUGCUCUCGCUAAGUUUGCCAGUUCAGACAAUUAUCUCCACCUUGAUCAUGCAAAGGCGAUCAUUAGUGCUGGAGGGGCAAAGCAUUUGAUCCAGCUUGUCUAUUUUGGUGAACAAGUUGUUCAGAUUUCAGCUUUGGUUCUUCUUUGCUACAUUGCUUUCCAUGUUCCAGAUAGCGAGGAGCUUGCAAAGGCGGAGGUUUUGACUGUCUUGGAAUGGGCUUGCAAGCAAGCAUUCAUUACCCAGAACGAAAUACUGGAUCCUUUGCUUCCAGAAGCCAAGAGCAGAUUGGAACUUUACCAAUCUAGAGGUUCAAGGGGGUUCCAUUGA